CCUGUAGACAGUAUUCCGACGCCAGAGUUCAAAGUGUGAUUGUAUAUCGAAACGAAAAUUAAAACAUUAUGUCGAAAUUGAUCGUGUUUGUUUCCCUGGCUGUGAUGGCGUCCGGAGCUCGACUUGAUCACCUGGUCCAAGGAGGUUACAACGGCGGUGGUAAUAGCGCUCCAUUCCGUUUCGAGAAUGUCAACAACGGUGAUGGGACUUAUCGCUUUAGCUACGACACUCCGACCGGAAUAUCGGCUCACGAGAGUGGAGCUCCUCGGGCCUCUGGUCCAGAGGGUCCUGCAGUAACCGCGGAGGGUGGGUUCUCCUACCGCGCCCCUGACGGUCAACAGAUAUCUCUCAGCUAUACUGCUGACGAGAACGGCUUCCACCCCACGGGCUCACACCUCCCAACUCCUCCUCCAAUCCCUGAAGCUAUUCUACGAUCAAUUGAGUUCAACAGACAACACCCAUCAAACGAGGGAUCUUACAACGGACGCCGUAGCGGUUACUACUAAGCACGCGAAAACCGCUUGAACGCCAGUACCUCUUCAGAGCGUGCACUGUGAUAUUGUCGAAAAAA